AUGGUGAACAUUGCCCUCUCUCAAGCCUCAUCAGAACUAAUCAAGCAAGGAAUUGUCAUUUGUGGGAAUAAACCUAAGUAUCUCAUCCCUUUGCUCUCGACUAUCGUUCUCCUCACUCGCUUUAUCCGUUUUCUCCUCAAGCCCCUUCGGCAGCCUAAGGUUGUCACGGAUAUCCUCGGUGGCAUUAUACUCGGGCCGUCUGUAUUAGGAAGAAACCACAAGUUCCGUUCAUACGUUUUCCCGGAUAACGGCUACUAUGUGAUACAAAACAUCGCCAUUCUCGGGUUCAUGUACUUCCUCUUCUUGUCGGGCGUGAAGAUUGACAUAAACGUGCCAAAACGAGCCGAGAAAAAGCAUUGGUACAUUGCCUUUGCCGGGAUAAUCACCCCACUUUGUAGUAGCUUAGCUAUCGCGUUUAUCGAGCGAAAGUCUCUCGACAAGGAAACCAUGAAAAUCUCCUCGAUUUGGGGCAUUAGCUCGUAUUUGGCAAUCACAUCCUUUCCCGUUCUUUAUCCCAUCGUGAGCGAGCUCAAUUUACUCAGCUCGGGAAUCGGUCGAACGGCUCUGUCGACAGCUGUCGUCGGUGACAUCAUCGGCAUGAACGCUUUGGUCGUGUUCGAGGCGUCCAAGCAAGGCGAAAACCGAGCGAUUACGGCCUUAUGGUUCAUGAUCUCGUCGAUUUUCGUGGUUUUAACAUUGAUUAGCGGCGUUCGGCAAGCAAUGGUUUGGAUCGUGAGGUCAACUCCCGAGGGGAAGCCCGUUGACCAAAUCUACGUGGUGUCAGUUUUGUUGGGGGUCAUGGUGACCGGGUUCGUUUCGGACAUGUUUGGGCUCACGAUCGUAAACGGGCCCUUGUGGCUCGGGCUGGCUGUGCCGGACGGGCCACCGUUGGGGACGAUUCUUGUCGAGAAAAGCGAGGUUAUCGUGAAGAAAUUUUUCAUGCCGUUUUCGUUUAUGUACGUGGGCUCGAUUAUCGACGUGCCUUCCACGAGCGGGCUUUGGGACCAACUUCACCCGUUGCUACUCAUCGUUCUCGUGUCGCAUGUGAUGAAGAUAGUUUCGACUUUGAUCGCGUCUCGUUUUUUCGACUUGGGUGUGAGGGAUAGCUUGACACAUAGCUUGAUCAUGAGCUUGAAGGGUGAGGUUGAGAUUUUGUUGUUUCUUCAUUUGCUGGAUUAUAAGGUAAUCGGAAAGCCGCAGUUCACGGUAAUGGUUCUGUCGGCAGUAUCGGUAACUGCUUUAGCCACGCCGUUGAUAAGCAUACUCUACGACCCAACCCGGCCUUACAUGGUGAACAAGAGACGAAACAUUCAACACAACGCACCAAACACGGCACUUCGCAUCGUGGCUUGUCUCCAUACCAAAGAAAACCUCGGUGGAGUCUUGAAACUACUCGAAAUCUCAAACCCGACGGUCAACAGCCCUUUAUCAGUCCACGCCCUUCGCCUAGUGGAGCUUGUCGGCCGCUCGAACCCGACUCUCAUCGACCACGAAAAGGACAAAAAGGAACCCGACUCAGGGCCGAUCCACAAUGCGUUGAGAAAUUUCCAGGUGAGCCGGGAAGGGAGCGUGAGGAUACAUUCGUACACGACCAUCACUUCCAAGAAGAGCAUGUAUCAAGACAUAUGCGAGCUCGCGCUUUCCAAGAAGGCUUGCCUCGUCGUCUUACCGUACGACGGGUCAACACCGGUCAAUGCGAGCGUCCUGGCGAACGCGCCGUGCUCUGUCGCGAUCCUCGUGGACAAGAGCCCGCAGCAGAGCCUCGUGGACAAGGGCCCGGCCCGACACUACGCGGACCGGAUGGCCGAGAACCGAGAGGUUUACCUCGACGUGGUUCGGUUCCUUGCAGAGGAGGGCAAUGAAGGAGAUGAAGAAGUCGAGAAGAGGCUCGAUGAUGGGCUCGUGACGUGGUUCUGGGUGAAGAGUGAGGCGAAUAGAAGGAUCGGUUAUCGAGAAGUGGUGGUGAAAAACGGGGAAGAUACGAUUGCAGCCAUUCAGGGUAUGAAGAGUAAAGAAUCGUAUAGCGUGUGGAUUGUCGGGAGGAAGCACGGGGUGAAUCCUGUGGUGGUGAAAGGGCUGUCGAGCUGGAGUGAAAACGAUGAGCUUGGGGUGAUCGGGGACUACUUAGCGUCGGUCGAUUUCGAGAGUAAUGGUUGGGUUUUGGUGGUGCAACAGCAGGUUUUGUUGGGUCAGGAGAAAGGUUCAAAUGGUGUGUUAUCAUCAAGUUUUCCUUUUUGUGUGUAG